GCGCCCCGAGAUCUGUUUCUUGCUUCGGUUUCUCCACACUUCCUUCCUCCAUCACCAGAGAUGCCCGACAAUUGGAAGGGUGUUGCUGCUUCGGCAUUCGAGGCCACCAACACGAGGGGGUUGUGGCUGCCCUGAGUGGUCACCACCGGCACCAUCACCAAGCUUCAAGUCGAUGGGUACCUCUUCGUCACAGCCAAAUGUCGAUCCCCCGUGCGCAUUGGGGAGGAAUGUUCGGCCUCGGCCAUCCCCUCUCCCUAGAAGGGGGAGCAGGUUGUUUUCACUUCCCACUUCAUCUGAGGUUUGGGUUUUCCUCUCCACCCCUUGGUCCGGGGUCUUCUUUUCCUCUAUGGGCUAGAUUUUCAUCGUCAUCUAGCCCCUAACUCCAUCCUACAUAUUACCGCGUUUAUCACUUUCUGUGAAGCCUUCCUCCGCAUCAAGCCCCAAAGUCUAACAUCCGGUCCGUGCCCAUGCUCCACUUUUCCACCCAAAGCCCGGUCCAAAAGCCCAAAAUGUUCGAAUGACCAAAAAUACAUAUUUUAAACAAAAUAGGUAUCAAAUAUUAUUUUUAUGGAAAUGCUAAAAAUCUGACAUCAGAUUUACACCCUGAAAAUGAUUAUUUUAAUCAAUAAAUUGUACUACCCAUGUGUUGGCCCGGCCCAGCUUGGGCAGUGGAUUUGUGUUCGGGGCUUGUCAAGCCCGGGCAGAGAAUGAUCAUGUUAUUUAGUACUAUCUAAACGCUUUUAUAUUAGUUUACGGAAAAAGUGCGUAUGAUUUAUGAAUCUUUUGAAGCAAGUUAAUUAAUGUGUAGCGCCAGGUCACAAAACUGGGUAGGCGCGUGAUAUCUUGUGUCGUAUGCGUUGUGUUUCGUUUACUAGCUCAUCAAUCAUCGUUACAGCGGCGGUGCGUUGGUUUGGGCAUGCCUGCAUGGCACCAUCCAAGUGGCACGAAACCACGGCAGGAUUAAUAAUGUCUUCCAUCUGCGUCAUCCCGGACUCCAUCGAAAUAUAAUGUCGAACACAGAAACAGCACAAAACUGCGGGCGGAAUAUACUACUCAUACAGUAUACAAGGACAAAUAAUCGUAGUAGAUCAACAUGCAAAAUCUAAAGCAGUCUCACCAAGCAUCCAUACGAUACGAGGAGGAGAAAAAGGAACGUCGCGUGCGUAUAUAUAGCAAGCUUUAUCGCUUACUUUGCCAACCUAGACCUGUCCGUGCUUUGAGUUCGAGAUAGCUAGCUGGAGAUGGUUAUGGUCCAACACCUGGUCGCCGUCGGCAGAGACGUGGUCUUUAGGGGGCCGCAUACGCUGACGCCGAGGCCGACGCCAUCGGCAGGCACCAGCACCCCCAAGUCGACCGUCAUCUCGGUGGUGAUAUGCGCCUUGUUCUUCCUGGUCGGCCUCUGCGGCUACAUCAACAGGUACUGCCGCCGCGUCAACACGGCGGCAGCAGCGCCGGUGGGAGGCAGGGACAGGUCAUCGUCGUCAGGGGGGAGCUCCAGGAAGCGCGGGCUGGAGCAGUCGGUGCUGGCGACGUUCCCGGUCAUGCUGUGGAGGGGCCACCACAAGAAGGAGAAGACGGUGAUGGAGGAGGAGGAGGAGGAGGAGCGCUGCCCCGUGUGCCUGGCGGCGUUCGAGGAAGGCGACAACCUCCGCCUGCUGCCGCACUGCUCGCACGUGUUCCACCCGGAGUGCGUCGACCCCUGGCUGCAGGCGCGGGCGACCUGCCCCCUGUGCCGGGCCAACCUCGAGCUGCCGCUGCCGGCGGACGCCCUGGCGAUCGCAAUGCCGGCGGAGGGUAGCGACGACGACGUGGAUGACGGGAAGGAGGAGGCCAUGGAGCUCGAGAUGCUACGCACAGAGCGGCGGGCGGCGAGGCUGCCACCAGUCGCCACAGGGAAGCUGGCACUGCCGUCUCCAGUAGCGCGCAUCGCUGAGAGAGUGUCUGCGUCCAGCGUCGGUGUCGUGGGCCCAAGCUAGGUUUUUUUAGCGAAUACAACGGUUCGAGUCUAUCCGUUUGUGCAACGGUUUACUUCUAUACUUAUCGGUCCAGAUUUUUUUUUUUGAGGUAGUUCAUGUUGUUACGCCAAACCGUUGAUGGGCACCGUGCAACAACCAUGUAAAUUGCAUAUGUUCCCAUAGACCAAAAAUUUCCCU